AAAUAAUUCAUAUUUUAAAUUUUAUAAUUACCAACCACCAGCGCACAAGUGGGCUCUCGUGCAACUACAAUUUUCAUACGUCUUAAUAUCUAUAUACAUAAAAAUCAAAAAAUAUUAAAUGAUUAAAUAUUCGAUUAAACCAAAAUGGCAAUCCCGCAGUUAAACCCAACGUUGGGGGCUUCAUUGUUUACUUCAACUUUGCCUUCUCUUCCCCGUCUUUUCUUUUGUACAGACGGAACCCAUCCAUCUAUGAAGAUAUAUAUAUAUAUAUAUAUAUCCAUCUGUUGCGUCAUUUCUCUUAUCUUCUAGAGAGAGAGAGAGAGAGAGAGAGAGAGAGAGAAGAUGGAAUUUUUCGGCGGCGACCAGUUCGACGUGAUAGUAGUCGGCGCCGGCAUCAUGGGCAGCUGCACCGCUCACCAGGUCGCCAAACGCGGCCACAGAAUCCUCCUCCUGGAACAAUUCGAUUUCUUGCACUGCGGCGGAUCCUCCCACGGCGAGUCUCGAACUAUCCGAGCCACUUACCCGGAUGCCUACUUCCAGUCCAUGGCCAUGGAGUCGGCCCAACUUUGGGAGGAGGCCCAGUCCGAAAUCGGCUACCGGGUCCAUUUCAAGGCCUCCCAGUUCGACAUGGGUCCGUCCGACGACAAGAGCCUUCGGGCCGCAAUCCGCAACUGCCGGUCCAGCUCGGUUCCCCACCGGGUUCUUGAACCGGGCCAGGUCUCGGAUCGAUUCUUAGGCCGGAUCGAGAUCCCGGAAAACUGGAUUGGGCUGUCCACCGAUCUUGGGGGUGUGCUCAAGCCAACAAAGGCAGUGGCCAUGUUCCAAACGCUGGCCCUGCAGAAGGGUGCUGUCCUUAGGGACAAUAUGAAGGUGAAGGACAUAAGAAGGGAUGAGGGCACUGGGCUCAUUAUGGUGUGCACGAGCAAUGGGGAGAAGUUUUGGGCUAGAAAAUGUGUGGUCACGGCUGGGGCUUGGAUGCAAAAGUUAGUUAAAUCAGUUAGUGGGCUGGAGUUGCCCAUUCAGCCCUUAGAAACUUAUGUUUAUUAUUGGAGGAUUAAAGAUGGGUUCGGGCCCGAUUACUCGAUCGGGAGCAAUUUCCCAACAUUUGCAAGCUAUGGCGAGCUUUAUGUAUAUGGCACGCCAUCUCUCGAGUUCCCAGGCUUGAUCAAGGUCGCUCUGCAUAGAGGUUUGCCGUGCGACCCUGACAAGAGGUUGUGGGCCUCGAAUGUGGUAUUGGACCCAAUGAAGAAGUGGAUAGAGAGGACGUUCAUGGGUCGGGUGGACUCCUCAAGGCCCAUUGUGACGCAAUCAUGUUUGUAUUCGAUGACCCCGGAUGAAGAUUUCGUGAUUGAUUUCGUGGGAGGGGAGGUGGGGAAGGAUGUGGUGAUCGGGGGUGGCUUUUCAGGACAUGGGUUCAAGAUGGGGCCGUUGGUAGGGAGGAUAUUGGCAGAUCUUGCACUGGAUGGGGAGGCAAAAGGAGUGGAGCUAAGGCAAUUUAGGUUGGGUAGGUUUGAGGUGAAUCCAAAGGGGAAUGUGAAAGAAAUAUGAACCCCAAGUCAUUCUUUCCAUCACUUGCUAGCCAAGUAGUACAUGUGACCAAUAUGGGUCAAUUUGUGUCAUUUCAUUCCUCAUCUUUGUUAAAGUUACUAUCUACCAUCUCUCUUGGAUUUGCAAAUAAGAGUGGGAUUCACAAAAA